GUGGUAAUGCACCAUACCGAACUCUUCUCAAAAGACAAUGGCAGGCAGCAUCAGUAUAGCAAAAAAUCGUCGCUUCGAAGAUGAAGGUCUUGGACUUGGCGUUCGUCACUGGCAGAUAUUUCUAUUAUUCUGCGGUCUAACAGUUGGCUUUGCCAUGCGGGUUAAUCUAUCCGUAGCUGUUGUGGCCAUGACCGAUGCCGCCUCGAUCAAUCCCAACUUUCCGGAAUACCCUUUGUCGGAGAAGACAAAAUCAUGGGUAUUAAGCAGCUUCUUCUGGGGCUACGUGGCCACCCAGGUGCCCGCCGGCACCUUGGCCCGCCGGUUUGGAGGCAAGGUAACGCUGUUGACCGGCGUUUCCAUCUGCUCGGUACUCAAUUUGUUGACGCCACUGUGCGCCAGCCUAGGUGGCUGGUCGCUGCUCUGCGGACUACGCUUGAUCGAAGGCUUGUGCCAGGGAGUUUUCUUCCCGUCUUGUCAUACGAUAAUCUCUGCAUGGAUACCGCCUAGAGAGCGAGGCUCCUUGGCUACUUGUGCCUAUACUGGUGGUCAAUUCGGCACGAUCCUUAUGCUGGCCACGAGUGGACUGCUCGCCUCCUCUGCAGCUGGCUGGCCGAGCAUCUUCUACGUCUCUGGCGCCUGUGGCUUCCUGUGGGUGGUGGUCUACUAUAUUUGGGGUGCAAGCUCGCCGAAGGAUUCCAAAAGCAUCUCUCCGGAAGAAUUCAAGUUGAUUGAGCUGGCACAGGCCAGCGAGAAACCAGUCAACUCGCACCAGCCGAGCAAUCGACAAUCCACCCCCUGGCUGAGCUUCUUUGCCUCGGGACCAUUCCUGGCCCUUACCGCUGUGCACUGCGCCUCCGCCUGGGGUUACUGGACCUUGCUGACGCAGAUACCCAGUUACAUGAAUAAUGUUUUGGGCAAGGAUAUCAAAUCAAACGCGCUGCUCUCCUCACUACCCUACAUUGCAAAUCUUGUGCUAAGCUUCUUCUUUGUCUGGGUGUCGAAGUUUAUGGAGAAGAAUGAAUCUCUUUCGCUCUCGUUCAACCGGAAGUUCUUUAAUACGAUUGGUCAAUAUAUUCCGAUGUGCCUGCUUGUUGCAUUGGGCUAUGUGCCCAAGGAGCAGGACUCUCUGGCCGUGGUGCUGCUCACGCUCACCGUGGGCAUCAAUGCCGCAUGCCAUCUCGGCUUUCAGGUGAACCACAUUGACCUCUCACCCAACUUUGCUGGCACUUUAAUGGGCAUCAGCAACGGAUUGGCCAGUAUAAUGAGUCUUAGCGCCCCGCUCUUAGUCGGUGUUAUCGUUACCAAUAAGCAUGAUGUGGAACAGUGGCGUCUUGUGUUCUUUGUUGCCGCUGCUAUUUACCUGGUUGGCAACGGCCUUUUUGUCCUAUUCGGGCGUGCCGAUGUACAGCCAUGGAAUGACCCUCCCGCCAAGGUCGAUCAUACCUCCAUGCCAGAGAUGGAAUCGCAAAAAUCGGAAUGCUGUGAUAAAUGAUGUUAAUUAUUCGGGUAGAGUAUAGACAACAGUUGACAGGGUGCAUCUAGACCCAUAAAUAUCGUAUACUUUUUUUAAUUUUAAUCGUACAAAUCAUGGAGUGAGCCGCAUCAAAGUGUUUACUGUAGCUCAUGGCUUAGCUAUAGUUCGUAUUAAGUAUGUUUGUACAUAUAUCUUUUUGGUUUAAGGAAUA